CACAUUUUCCUUUCUCUUUCAAAAGCUGAAAACAAAAGUUCAAAGUCUCUCUCUCUCUCUGGCUUUCUUAUUCAUUCACCAUUCUCUCACACGCAACCCUGUAUUUUAUUAUUGUUUCCAAAAACCAUGCCUAUAUUCUUUGAAACCCACGAAGUUCUUCCUAGAUUUCUAAGCAUCAGGUUCCUUAAUUUUUAUUGAAAUGGUCACUAGUAACUGUUGCUUUGGCAAUGACUGUCAUAGUGUUGUGUUGAUUUCACAUUCUUCGCCAUGCAAUUAGUCUCAAACGAUGGUCAUAGGGAAGGUAUUUUAGAAAGCGAACCAAUCCUACAUCAAGCAGGCUCUGUAGAACCUUCAUCUUCAUGUGAGAUAACAGCUAUUGGAGGGGAUUGUGCUGUUGUUAAUGAUGAUUUACAAGAUCUUCAACUUGAUGAAGAUUGUCCUCUAGUGAAUUCAGACCAACACCAAUGCCGUAUAUGCCUUGAUAUUGGAGGUGAAGACUUAAUUGCACCAUGCCAUUGCAAAGGCACCCAGAAGUAUGUCCAUAGAUCUUGUCUUGAUAAUUGGAGGUCAACUAAGGAGGGUUUUGCUUUUGCUCACUGUACAGAGUGUAGGGCCGUGUUCAUAUUACGUGCGAAUGUCCCACCUGAUCGCUGGUGGUUGAGAUUGAAAUUUCAGUUUCUUGUUGCUAGGGACCAUGCGUUCAUUUUUAUAAUCGUUCAGCUGAUUGUGGCGUUCUUGGGGGUACUAGUAUACAAAUUUUAUGGAGAUGAGCUAAGGGAAAUGUUUGGAUAUGAAGAACACCCGUAUGGGUUUUACAUAAUGGCUGUUUUAGCUAUCGUUUUGGUGGGUUUGCUCUACGGUUUCUUUAUAGCGAUAAUAUGCGGACAGAGGAUCAAUGAACGCCAUUACCAUGUUCUUGCCAAACAAGAACUAACAAAAUGGUGGAGCUGUUGGCUUGCUGGCAAGGAAAGUUUGGGAGGCAUCGGAAUGCUGCUAUUUGGGUGGCUGUGCCCCAUUGUUUGAUGUGGUGCAUUUGGCGGGAGAGGAAUAACCGGCAUUUUGAGGAUUUAGAGAGAUCAGUUUUAGAUUUUAAACUCUUCUUCCUUAAGAUUCUUCUGGAUUGGGUUGUAGUGUUAGGCUUUUGUUCUUUUUCUUCAGUCCAUGGUUUCAUGGAUUUUUGUACUUUAUACACUUGAUAUGUUUUUGUCCCUGAUGUAUUCUUCCUGUAUACUCAGGUGACACCCUUCUUUUUAAUAUAUUUUUAUUACUUAUCAAAAAAAAAAGAAAAAGGUUUGAGAUACUACUGUGGAAUGUGAUGGCUGAAUGUUUUAAUUUACUAACUUAGGUUUAGUGUUGAGUAGGCCCAAAGUCUUUAAUAAUGAUAAUAAUCUAGCAAAUUGAACUAAAUGUUUUUGAAGCAAUUUGGGAACAAGGUGUUAGAAAUAUGCUAGCAGUCAAGGCAUUUGCUUGGCUUCCAUAGUGAGGUUAGCUGGACUUUCUGAUUUUACAGUUUAGCAGCACUGGAAUAACUUGUGGAAGUCUCAUGAAUCUGUAAAACAUGCAUACCCUUUGAUCUUCAAAAACUGUGAUUUUAAGAUGUAGAUCUUAUUCAUAUUAAUUUUGCAAAUGAGCAAUACUCCUUUACAAAGUUUAACUGAAAACUUCAUCUUAAAGCAUUCAACCAUUAAUAUGUCAUUUCUACUGAUGGUUUUUGAUAAUUUCUUAA